ACUACAGCCUUCUUGGGAAUUUGACACGGUGCGAGGGUUGUCGGCUUCAAAAGUGGUGAUUUAUAACUUAUGUCAACCUUUCGUUUUAUGUGGCGGAUAGUUCUUACUGAUCAGCAUCGGCUUAGUGAUGUUGACUAAUGGCUUUUGCAGUCGCACAAUGGGUGCUUUUAUUGGCUUACGGCAAUUCGGGAAAUACAGAUCUGUUCCAAAACACUUUUGGUUCUACUAUUUACUCUAUUUCCGGAAAAUUUUUGUCAACAACUGUAGGUGAUACAGGGUGUUUUAUCGAAAAGCGGCAGAAUCAAUGAAGUGAAAAAUUAAUUGUAUAUAUUUACCAGCAUUAUGCCAGGCAAAAGGAAUAAAGCCCAACAGUCCAAAACUAGUCAGGUGAAAAGACCACGUCGUGCACAGAACGGAACUGGAGAGUCCACUACCAAUGAUGCUGUGGCUGUCGAUACAAGCACUCAACCCCUUGAUGUUCCUCCUGAAACCUUGGCUGCAUUAACCCAAACCAUAACAAAGGCAGUCACGGAGAAGGUGUUAGCAGAGAUAAAACCAUUACUGCAACAUCAGGGGAGUAUCUCUGUUCAUAAUAUGGGGGGAGAAAGGGGAAAUAAUGCUUCCACUACAUCAAGCAAUAGCUUAACAGCAGGUCCUUCUGGGUCAGUUUGUCAAAUAACAAAUAAGUCAGUGGAUGCAAGUAUCUCAGGAUUGGUAUCAGGCGCUGUAAUCGAACACAGUUCACAGAUUGUAGGUACUGAACUUCCACCUGCAGCAAAUGUCGGUAAGAAAUCAGGUUUUGUAAGCUCAUCAGUACCGAUAGAGGCAACUGUUUCUGACAAAAUAAAAUCUAAAAUUUGGUCAAAACAAUAUGUUGAUAUGGCUCUGUUGUUUAAAAAGGAAAAGGGGAAAAGUAAGUAUUCUAUCAAGGUAGAGGAACAGGAUCAGACAGGUAAGGUGGUAAUCCACAAUAUGCGAUCCACAGAUGACGACGAAGUUAGGGAUGGUUCGUUACCCCUGCAUGACUGGGUAACUGCGUGGAAUAGGUAUGUGACAAUAUAUUGCAUUAAAGAUACACUUGCACAGCCAAAGCUUGCAAAACACAUGGAAUCAGUAAGGCAAAUUGCAGAGGAAAAUGGGGACUGGAGAAAAUAUGAUAAGGAGUUCAGGGAACUCAUAGAACAAGGUGAGGUAGAAUGGGGUGAUGUCCAUAUGGAGAUAUAUGUUAAUGCUCGCCUCAAACAAUCGGAAAAAAAGUCAAGCAAAAUAACACCAGACCGUUCGUCAUUUGGUACGUAUGAGGAAGUCCCUCAGGGGUCAUGCUUUGCCUAUCACAAAGCUGGAAGGUAUUGUAGGCUUGGUUCAUCAUGCAAAUUCCAGCACAGAUGUUAUAACUGUGGUGGUUUCCAUCCAGUCUACAUAUGUAAAAAACCAAUUCAACGGCCAUUUCGUUUCUUGGACAAAUCCAGAACCCAAAAACCAUUUCAAGGAAAUGGCACAUCAACCAACACAGGUAAUGCUAAAUUCUCAAAGCCAACCUAUCCCACAAAAGGGUCCAACUCCAGUAAAUCCCAGUAG